CUGUUUACAGCGGGGAAGAGAAAAUAAAAAAUAAAAAAAGAAGAAGUUCUUUGUGACGGUGCUGCUGUAGGAUUUCCGGCGAUGAUGAAAAGGAACCUCUUGAGAAAUUUUCGGCGCCGAGUUAUUCGGUAGAGGCUGAGAGUAUUGGCGUGGAGAGCAGAUAGAAAAAGGCAGCUGUCGAGAGCUUAUGAGGCUUUAGACCAAUCUGCUGCUUCAAAGAAGAGAAGGGAGACGACAGAGAAAAGGGGAGCGAUGGCUAAUCUUUAGUAGGUCCUCCGUUUGGAUGUAACAUGCAGAUGUGAAAGCGAAAGAUCACAGACCACGCGUUUCGUUUUUUUUAAUCUACAGGGAAUGACCACGUGACCAGGACGUAUUUAUAACUUUUUCCAACACAAUAUUUCACUUUCACUCGACUAUAAAUCUUUUAUCGUUAUUAUUGAAGAAACUGCUAUUGUAAAAUCGCCCUGUUUGGGAUAAAGAAUAUUUUCGGUAGCCGAAGAUUGAGGGCUUUGCAUCGACAGACGAGUAAAGAAGGAACCGAGGAUGGAAGGAACGGAUAGAGAACGGAUGUGACAUCAUAGGUUUCCCGGAUGUAUGUGUAGUGCAGUGAAGAGGAUGGAAAAACUAGUGUUGCUUCUCACAGUACCUUACUUAUAUUCGUCGGUCGUGGGCCUGGAUUUAUCUGACUGCAAUAAGCCACUGGGAAUGGAAUCGGGAGAGAUUAAAGACGAGGAUGUGACAGCUAGUUCUUCCUACAAUCUACCGAGCGUAGGGCCUCAAAAUGGAAGAUUGAAUCGUGAGCUGAACGGUGGUUCUUGGUGUCCGGAGAAACAGAUAUCCCAAGAAGUGUACGAGUAUCUAGAAAUUAAUCUGCAUCAGAUGCACGUGGUGACCGAAGUGGCCACACAGGGCCGAUUCGGAAACGGUAUCGGACAGGAAUACGCGGAGGAGUACAUGCUGGAAUAUUGGAGACCGGGCCUACCAAGAUGGCGGCGAUUCAGAAAUCGAGUGGAACAAGAGGUAUUCGAGGGAAAUCUCAACACUUACAUGACAGUAACUAGACAAGUGGACCCACCUAUAAUUGCCAGCAAAAUACGUAUCGUGCCCUACAGUCUUCACGUCAGGACUGUCUGCAUGAGAGUGGAAUUAUACGGAUGCCCGUGGACAGACGGUAUUGUGUCCUACGCCAUGCCGCAGGGGGAACGAAGAGGGGUAGAACUCGACCUGUCAGACAUGACGUACGAUGGUGUGAAAGAUGACAGUCAUCUCCAUGGAGGCCUAGGACAACUGACAGAUGGUCAGAAGGGAGAAGAUAACUUUAGACUAAAUAUAUCUGGACUCGGUAAAGGUUACGAGUGGGUGGGAUGGAAGAACGAUUCGACUUAUUCCAGACCCAUAGAAAUUGUUUUCACCUUCAAUGCAGUACGCAAUUUCACAGCGGCUUACUUUCACUGCAGCAACAUGCAUACUAAAGACGUGCAAGUUUUCAGUACCGCCAAGAUAUGGUUCAGUAUCGGAGGCAAGUACUACACCAAAGAACCAAUACAUUUUUCUUACGUUCCGGAUAUUUACUUCGAAAAAGCUCGAAAUGUUACCAUCUACCUGCACCAGAGAAUAGGCAAAUACGUAAAAGUCGAACUGAGUUUUGCCUCCCACUGGUUACUGAUUAGCGAAGUGUCUUUCAGUUCUGUUAUCGCCCAAGGAAACUUCACGGAAGAGGAACCCCCAGCAGCUCCACCGAUAGUUAGCACAGUCAUGAACGACGACGGUCUUUCAACUCAACGUGUCGGAUUAGUGAUUGGAGUCUUGGCUGCUGUGAUUUUCGUACUUCUAGGUGCUCUACUCUUCAUAAUGUGUCGAAACAAGAAGAAAAAGCAUUCGACGCCCCAUACUAUGCUCAAACCCGACAGUCGAGUCACUUUCAACAACAUUAAGGGUCUGGAUAUUAGUUAUACACCGUGCUCGGCAGUCGCUCGGCAAGCUAAUGGUAGCGUGUAUGGACAGGUAGCUCUGGACGAUCCGGAUCCUAACAAGUUAUUGUAUCAAGAUCCGCAGGAUUUCAAGCCUUCUUUUCCAGGUAGCUGUAGUAAUGAUUCGGCCACGUCCAGGGAGUACGCAGUGCCCGACUUGAAGUCCCCACCGGUGGGAUCGAUGCAUUCGCUAUCCACGCCGACGAUGAAGCCAUCGUUUCCUCACACCUUACCGAAAACACCUCAGCAACCCUCGGAGAGGCACUAUGCAGCCACAGAUGUGGUGGUGAAACUGCCAAACAUACAGGGUGUGAGCGGUAACACUCUAUACGCCGUGCCUAACGUCGAAGUGCUCAAUCGUGAAGAAAUACCACUGAGAGAAGUUCCUCGUCACAAAUUGCGCUUUCUGGAGAAGCUGGGCGAAGGACAAUUCGGCGAAGUACACCUUUGUGAAGCCGACGGAAUUCCGGAACUUGUCGAUGUGCCUUGUAACGGUAACAAGAUUUUGGUGGCUGUAAAGACAUUAAGACCAACGGCAAACGACCAAGCCAGAAGUGACUUCUAUAAAGAAGUCAAGAUCCUUUCACGUCUUCGAGAUCCUAACAUUGUACACGUAUUGGGAGUGUGCACGCGGGAAGAGCCCUUAUGCAUGAUAGUGGAGUAUAUGGAAAACGGAGAUCUGCACCAAUUCCUUCAACAACACGUGCCAGAUACGUCACCCUAUAAACCACACAAUAAGACACUCAGUUAUGGAGCUCUGAUCUACAUGGCUACUCAAAUAGCUUCUGGGAUGAACUACUUGGAAUCGCUAAACUUUGUACACAGAGACUUGGCCACUCGAAAUUGUUUAGUUGGAAGGUCGUAUACUAUCAAAAUUGCUGAUUUUGGGAUGAGUCGAGAUCUCUAUAGUGCAGACUAUUACAGAAUCGAAGGAAGAGCUAUGUUGCCUAUCAGAUGGAUGGCUUGGGAAAGCAUUCUUCUGGGUAAAUUCACGACCAAGAGUGACGUGUGGUCUUUCGCAGUUACACUUUGGGAGAUUCUGACAUUCGCUCGUCAUCAACCUUAUUCGGACAUGACAGACGACAUGGUCAUUCAGAACGUGGAACAUUUCUACCAAGACGACCUAUUGCAAGUGUACCUCCCGUCUCCUCCGAAUUGUCCGAAGGAAAUUUAUGACUUGAUGAAAGAGUGUUGGCAGAGAAACGACGUGGAAAGACCUAAAUUCAGAGAGAUUCAUCUCUUCUUACAGAGAAAGAACUUGGGCUAUAUUCCGCAGGUGUGACCUAUCCUUAUCCUGCACAUCCCUUCAUUCCUCAUCUAUCCGAAUGGAGCUCGGCUGCUCCGGGACCCUAAAAAAAUAAAAAAAAUGGACGAAGUUUCGGGGCUAGUGGAAACGUUUUGAGCCGACGCCCGUGGUAAUUUAUCUGAGUUUUGCUGUAUUUGUAUGGACACUUGCCUGGAUCAAAUCACAUCCACUGCCAGCCGUGUGGCACGUACCCAUAAUCAUAUCAUUAUUUCUUCCUGCGGCAAGUGAACAUUUUAUGUAAAUGGCAAAGACGUGUACAGUUUUCAUUGAUGAUGUGUGUAUACUUCCAUUUACCGCUGUGGCGCAUCUCCUAGACUGCGUCUAGUUGUGGUGGAGGUGAUUCGAGCAACUUCUUUCGUCAAUGCACAAACAUUUUUCUGCUCUGUGCACAAAAUUCGUUUUUCAAAUCAUUGGGUGUCUUAUCGGCCCCCUUCCGCGGAAGCAGGUUUAGAACAAAUUCGGGAACGUGCGGUCGACAGACGAUAUUUGAUCCCAAUUCUAAUUUUACUUUUACUUCCUCGCCGUCGCAAUGGGUUGGACGGGCGCCAGUAAGUGGCCCGCUUCCUCCGACCGUGUCAUACGCUAAUUUUUCAAUAGGACUAAUUGAAAUUUCUCAGUCUUAUUAUUAAAACCUCGUCCGCUUUUUCUAGUCUCCACAUCUUUCUUUCCUUAAUCGUCUUUAGUAAAAUAUUGACAGAAGACGGCCGUUAGUCUAUUAAAGACAGGGGCAUGAGUUGUUAAUUCUAUAGAUAGACUAACUCCGACGACCGCACGUUGACAAAUAAGUAAAAAAUGAAAAUCUGCUCAGCAAAUCUCUUGUAUGGUCAAUGGAUAUGUAAUGUCAUUUAUUCAGUUGGUCGAAAACUUCCGCCAUAAAGUAUUGUUCUUUCGCUCUUCUUCAAGAAGAGGUUUUGUACCAGUGAUUUACAGUAUUUUUUACAGUAUUGUAGCGAUCGAACGGUUAUAUUGUAAAAUAGGCCCGCUGCCACCGGGAGCGUAGAGCACCGUUUUAUUCUGUUUUAACCUCUAAAUAACCAAAAACAAAGUUUAUAAGUGGCAGUAUUAGAAGAUUGUCUUAUUCUAUUUCGAUCUUAUACGCGUUACUUUGACCGGAUAAAAGUCGAUACUCGAUACUCGGCAACGAAGGAGUGCAAACCGUGUCAUAGUAAAAUGCGUUUAGGAUAUAUCAUUUGAUGCAAAGUUUGCCUUCAACAUAUGUUUCACCAGCUGCCUUGCCUUGUGUGAUCUCUGACCUGCAAUAGGUUAUGUCAGCUGAGAUGUGGCAGCCACAACCAGAGAGAACAUAAGUUCUGUACAAAGUCCGUCUAUUUUGUGUAUAGAAGUCACGAGUUUCCUUUCUUUAUUAAAAAGUUUCUUUUUCCCCCCUCCCAUUGUGUCAUUUACUUGUGCCUUUUCGCGAACAAACGGGAAAAACGCCGUAAGAACUCUUAGAGCCAGAAGAGUCGAUGGCACUUCUUUAAGAGACGGUUACACUUUUAAAGAUUUUCAAACGCAGUUAGCGGGGAAUCUUCGCCUCCCGAUAAUACUGAAGUAAUUGUAAAACGAAAUCAGCCGUUCUAAUCGAAUAGAGAC